CAGAGGAAAUUAGUUUGAGUUCAGAUGGAGAUGGCUUUACCUACUGUCUAUGACAGAAAAGAAAGUCCUUAUUAAACUACUAUAUUGGGAAAACUGGAGCUUCAAGUCUUCAAGAGAUGUGUUGCUUAGGUUCAAUUGAGACCCUAAUUUUUGUUUCGAAAGCUAGAAAGUAGAAACAUAUUGUACAAUGUCUCUCUUAUGUAAUUGCUACUUUGCAAUGAUCAUUUUAAACGUUUGCAUCUGCAAUUGAAUGACAUUCAUAAUGAAUUUCAGAAUGUGUUAUGCCUUUUUAUUGAACAUGAUUGAUCCCAGUUGUGGACAAAACAAAUUCAUAGGGUCGGUUGAAGAUUGCAGAAUUUGGAUGGUCUGUACAGUCAAGAAGCAAGAGGAACACCACGUGUGGAACUCUGGACCAUUUGGCACCAGAAAUGGUGGAAAACAAAGCUCAUGAUAGUGCAGUUGAUAACUGGACUUUGGGGAUCCUCUGUUAUGAAUUUCUCUAUGGUGCUCCUCCACUUGAGGCUGAGAGUCAAAGUGAUACAUUCAGAAGGAUAAUGAAGGCUGAUCUGAACUUCCCAUCCAGUCCUCCUGUAUCUGCUGAGGCCAAAAAUCUUAUCAGCCUGGUAAGUAAUAUCCACAAGUUCUCAUUGCAGACAUGCAUGGAAUGAGAACUAAGAAAAGUAUAGCCUCUUGAAUAAGUGAUCUAAACUUCAUUUGAGCUAAUGGUAAAGGACUCCUCAAAAGGGCUUGCACUCAAGAAGAUCAUGGGGCACCCCUGGAUAAUUAGGAAUGCAGAUCCUUAAGUUAACUGCAAUUAGUAGCAGAACUGAACUUGGGAUGCCAUUACCAUUACUGUAACUAGUAACUCGGUCAUGUAUCUGUGUACCAUUCAAAUUUGGAGAAAACAAGUGAAUUACUGAAUUAGGUUUCAGGGGAUUGAUACUUGAUAGCCUCUAAUCUCUCAGCUAUCUUUAAGAAAACCAGAAGGCUAUAUAUUUGUAGGAAAUCUAUUCCAAGUUGUAACUACUGAUGCUCAUUAUUUUUUGAGAACUGCUGAUGUUCAUUUCUGUAAUUAUCCUUUUUCUGAAAAAUGAAAAUUAAAUGAGCCA